UAGGUCGAGGCUCAUAUGUCGUCAUUACCGUACGACAUCUCUCCUGACAGCAGGGACAAAAUCGGCAAGUCCAGUAAACUCAAUUUCUCAAAUUACACCGACAUAGCGACGGGUAAAUGACACAUUAACGUAGUAAAAGGUCCGGGUCCGGACACAAGAAGUGUCUCCGGAUUUCAUUUCCCUCCAUUGGGGAAAGUAGGAGGAGAAAGGAGGGAAAGGAGCCGCUUCCGCUACAGCAGCAUGAUAAGAAUCAUUCUUGCCGAAGGAGGAGUCAGAAAUGUGGACUGAGUUCGUCUGACAAUCUCGUGCUGUCACCGAGUACCAUCAUGUGAAUUAAUGGAAUAAUUUUUUGUUGUUUUAUUCGUUCAAAUGUCAAAGAGAAGUGCUGAUGAGCUCAAGUGCAAUGGAGGCCCAAGAGGAUGAAAAAAUGUGUGGGAAACUGAGGAAGGCCUGCGGUCUGUACAAUUACAAGCUGAGGGACGUCUUCACGUGGGAUCUGUUGAAAACGCUGGUCAUGGGCCAAGUCCUGUCCCUGAUGAUCUGCGGCACAGCGGUGAGCUGCCAGUACCUGGCCGAUGCCGGCGUGGAGACUCCCAUGUUGCAGAGCUUUCUCAACUACGCCUUGCUGUUGCUUGCCUACACCACCAUCCUCUGCACAGAUAAAGGAGACCCAAACUUCCUCCAGGUGCUGAAGACUAAGUGGUGGAAGUACCUGGUGAUGGGUGUUGCCGACGUGGAGGCCAACUACACGGUCGUGAAGGCGUACCGCUACACUACGCUGACCAGCAUCCAGCUGCUUGACUGCUUUGUGGUACCGGUGCUGAUGCUCAUGUCCUGGUUCCUGCUGAAGACUCGCUACAGGCCGCUGCACUACAUCGCUGUCACCGUGUGCCUGCUGGGCGUGGGCGCCAUGGUGGGCGCUGACAUCCUGGCCGGGAGAGAGCAGGGAUCUGCCAGUGAUGUAGUGCUGGGCGACAGCUUGGUGUUGAUCAGUGCCAUCCUCUACGCCGUGUCCAACUUGUGCCAGGAGUUCACCGUGAAGAACCGGAGCCGAGUGGAGUUCUUGGCCAUGAUGGGCUUCUUUGGGACAAUCGUCAGUGGGAUUCAGCUAGCUGCACUGGAAAUUAAUGCCGUCAAGGAAAUCAAGUGGAACUUUCACAUUGCCAUGCUGUUUGUCAUCUAUGUGCUGUGCAUGUUCGCGCUAUACAGCUUCAUGCCGGUCGUGGUGAAGAGGACUAGCGCCACCGCCGUCAACCUAUCGCUGCUCACUGCUGACCUCUUCAGCCUCUUCUGUGGCCUUUUCCUCUUUCACUAUACGUUCUCACCAUUGUACGUCAUGGCGUUUAUCCUCAUCAUGGUGGGCUUCAUCACCUUCAACGCCGUGCCCACCCACGCGGCGCAGGCCGACGCUGACUCCGGGGAGCCUUUGGACCAGGAGGCCCCGAGUGCCUCAGAUUGCCUGCUACCUGUCGACAGAAACGGACAAAGUAACCUCACGGUGGUUUCUGCGCUCUGACCACGGAAAAGUGAAGAAAAUCUUUCUGUUUUCAGAAAGGCAUCUCGAAUGUUGUCUCCCAUCAUGCUGUUACAAAAACAAAAAGAAGAUGUUUACCUUAUUUUUUACGGAAAAGCUGCUGAUAAUUUGUUUCAAAUUUACAGCUACAUAUAUGGUGCACGGUACUUGUUAAAAACAAAAAAAGUAGCCGAUUUACACCACAAAAACUAUUGAAGACUUUUUACAGCCUUUAAUAAUGUUUUAUGUUCUCUCAUAAUGCAUUUUGCAGUUCUGUAGUGAUUUCCAUUUUAAAACGGACCUUAUCUAAACCUCUUUAAAUAUUCGAACUACCAUCACUUGCAAAAAAAGUUGUUUCCCACAAAAAUGAAAUUUUUAAUUUAUUUUUUUUAACAAUUUGAUGGUAAUGGUGUUAGGCUAAUUUAUUUACCAUUAUGUGGAGAGGCAUUACAAAAUGACAGGUAA